AUGUCCACUGAAAAUUUAUACCUUGACCUUACUUCACUAAGGCGGUUAGGGCUUCCCUUUCAAGACCUGAAAGCUUCUCUGUACUGGUCCAGAACUUUAACGAAGUUCCUUACCAAUUCCAGCCCGAUGCUCUCGGCAACAUCGGGAUAUAUCUACGAUGGCCUGGGGAAUUACUCGAUAGACGUCAAGUGCUCCUGGCUGAUAGACGGCAGUGCGGUGCCCAACGCCUCCAUCAGGCUCCACAUCGAUGAGUUCGCGACAGAAUGCGGCUGGGAUUACCUCUACAUCUACGACGGAGACUCCGUUCAUUCGCCGCUUCUAGGAGUAUUCAGGUGA